GGGGAAUGCAGAAGGCGUGGCCGCGGCGGGAGUGGUAUUAAAAGGCGGCGUCGGCGUUGGCGGGGUACCAUACGCACGCACACCGCCGACAACACCACCACCAACACCACCACCUCCACCUCCACUAUGAAGCUUUGUGUGCUCGCCCUGGUGGCCCUCGUGGCCGUGGUCACGGCGCGCCCCGACAGGGUGCUGGACCUGGACCUGGAUGACAUCCACCACGACCUGUCCAUCGCCGACGACACCUCCGUCACCGGCACGUACAGCUGGACGUCCCCCGAGGGCGAGAAGUACUUCGUGCGUUACGUCGCCGACGACGACGGUUACCGCGUCAUCGAGUCCAACGCCGUCCCCGCCACCCUCGGCGGCACGGCGGCCAACGGCGCGCAGGGCGCCUUCGGCUCCUCCGAGGAGGACGACGACGACAGCAGGUUCGACUUUGACUGAGCACCGCGUCCCCAACACGUCCCAGCCUUCAGCCAGCCCCGCGCCGCGCCUCCCUGCACGCCUGUCCCGCCACGGCUUCGUCUUGCCGUGGCACUCACCACGCUGACCGGUGAGGAGCCUCGCCGCCACACACGUGGCGAUGCGCAUCACCACCAUACCAGGUGGUGAUGCGCCUCACCACCACCACCACCACCACCGGAGCGUCGCCAUGAGGUCGUCGCCGUGGCCGUGGCGGCGCCGCACCCCUCACAGGUUCCUCACGGCUCAGUGUGUCCUUUAUGUGUUGUAAAUAUACGAUUACAAAUUCCA